AUGGCAUUUAAGUAUUUAAUUUUUGCAUCAGUUUUAUGUUUUACAUUUGCCAUUCCAUUAAAACUUCAUGAAUAUCAUGGCUAUGAAGGUGGACAUGAAUUAGAAUCACAUCAUGGACAUGAAUUAGUUGCACAUCACGGACAUGAAUUAUCAUCACAUCAUGAAUUAGAAGGACAUCAUUUUGAGAAAUUAGAAGAACCACAUCAUGAAGAACAUCAUGAAGAAGAACAUGUAGAUUAUUAUGCACAUCCAAAAUAUACUUUCAAAUAUGGUGUAAAUGAUUAUCAUACAGGUGAUGUUAAAUCACAACAUGAAUCACGUGAUGGUGAUUAUGUUAAAGGACAAUAUUCAUUAGUUGAACCAGAUGGUUCUAUUCGUACCGUUGAUUAUACAGCUGAUAAACAUAGUGGUUUUAAUGCUGUUGUACAUAAAACAGCACCAGUUCAUCAUGAAUCAUUGGAACAUCAUGAACAUUCUGGACAUUUAGAACAUCAUGAACAUGAAGAACAUUCAUUCUAA